UUUUUAGCUACGCCAGAAGCUCGCUGAAAACGUGAGAGCUCACGUUCUCUGUAUUUAGAUUCGAAUCUCAAUUGCAUUUAAUGAAAAUCUCGCAUUUGGGAGCGGCAGCGGCGACGUCAUGUUGAAAGCGCGCUUGGAACACGACCCAGUCUACGGCCGUUGCCUGGCCACAUCAGAGGCAGUGGAGAGUGGCGACAUUGUUGUGGAGGAACUGCCUUUUGCAUAUGGCCCUAAGCGAGAGAGUGGAAUUGUUUGCCUGGGCUGCUAUCGGUUCCUGCAGUUUGGCGAGGACGGCGACUCGCUGGACCGCUGCGAGCUGUGCGACUGGCCUAUAUGCGGCAGCUGCAUGGAUGAUGCUGAUGAUCAUCGGGGCGAGUGCGAGGUCUUUGCCGCGGCACGUGUCACAUUUGCCGGCAACGUCAGCGAGGAUGGCGUCUGUCCACAAUUAGAUUGCAUAACACCAUUGAGAGUGUUGCUGGCAAAGGAAGCACAGCCGGAGCGUUGGAUCAACGAGGUGGCGCCCAUGGAGCACCAUGAGCAGGCACGCCGCGAGAAUGCAGAUGUUUGGCAUGCGGAUCGGGUAAACAUAGCCCAAUAUUUGCGCGGUCCCUGCAAGCUGGCGGAACGUUUCAGCGAGGAGCUCAUCAUGCAAGUGGUGGGCGUGCUGGAAGUCAAUGCUUUCGAGGCACGCACCAGCCAGGGCUAUCCGUUGCGUUGCCUGUAUCCAUACACGGGAAUUCUGGCCCACAAUUGUGUGCCCAAUACGGCGCGAAGCAUUCAUCCCAGCGAGGGCUACAAGAUUCGCUUGCGUGCUAUGGUUGCUCUGGAAGCAGGCCAACAGCUCCAGCACAGCUAUACCUACACCUUGGAUGGCACCGCCCAAAGGCAGGCGCAUCUGCGCGAGGGCAAAUACUUCGCAUGCAGCUGUGAGCGCUGUUUGGAUGCCAGCGAACUGCAGACACACUUCUCCAGCAUGAAGUGUGGCCAGUGCACGGAGGGCUGGCUGCUGCCCAAGCAUCCCACGGCUAUGAACAGCAGCUGGAACUGCCGCGCCUGCGACCACAGCACAAGCAGCGAGGAGGUACGGCAAAUUGUUGCCGCGCUGCAGGCCGAGGUGAAUGCUGUACAAGCCCUCGAAAUGGGUCCAAAGCGCCUGGAGGAAUCGGAACGUUUGCUGCGCAAAUACAAAUCGCUGCUGCAUCCAUCGCAUUACAUAGCCACCAGUUUGCGGCAGUUGCUCAUCGAGAUGUACGGCCGCGUGCAGGGCUAUGAGAUGGUCCAGCUGACGGAUCAGCUGCUGGAGCGAAAGGCGUCGCUAUGCCGAGAGGUGUUACGUGUGCUGAACAUCUUUGAGCCGGGCCUGAGUCGCGCGCGUGCUAUGAAUCUUUAUGAGCUGCAUGUGCCGCUGGUGCUGCUAGCCAAGAGCGGCUUCAUAGCCAGCAAACUAAGUGGCGGCGAGCUGCGUGCCCGUCUAGUGGAUGCCAUUGAUCUACUCAAGGAGUGCGUAGAGAUACUGCAGCAUGAGGAUCAACGGUCACAGGAGGGCAUCCUGUGCGGUGUGGCCAAGCAGGCGCUCCAACAGCUCACAAUAAGCGUAGAGGGCUUGGGCAGCGAACUGGACUAAGUGGAAACGAAAUCAAUUUGUACUUAUUCAUAUGUAUAUCAUUAAAUUUAUUGCAAACUAUACACAUAGUUGAGGAUACGCA